CACCGGGACGCCGUCCAAGCCCCGCCGGGCCCCGCUCCAUAGCUGCAGACGAAGCAGCGGGAAGGAUGAGUCUCGGCGCGGGGGACCCGCUCGCUGAAGCCGCCUGGACCUCGGGUGCCCCCGGGCGCCCGCUUUACAUAAAGGUCCCGGGACGCAGCGGCGCCGCGAUGCGGGCGGGGAGAAGAGGAGAUGCGGCCCUGGGAAGGAUUGGGAGGCCCGCGGGCGCCAGGGAGGGUCCCGCGGGCCAGGAGCGCGCCGCUUCCGACGGCGCCGGGAGCAUCUCUCCCCUGACAACUGCCUUCCUCAUCUGGCUGACCUUCCUGUGCACCGUUCAGGGGACAGACCACAUGGGCGCCCGGCCCCGCCAGAGACGCCAGCUGGGCCACGGGGCAUGGACGCACUGGGGCAGCUGGAGUGCCUGCUCCAGUACCUGCGGGGACGGAGCCUCCUUUCGGACACGACGAUGCAUCAGGUUCCCCGAGGAGGAGAUGUGCAAGGGGCCUCUCAGGCAGUACCGGGUGUGUGAACUGGACGAGUGCCCUCCUGGAUCCGUCCCCUUCCGGGCUGUCCAGUGCUCCCUCUAUGACGGCAAGCCAGUCCUGGGCAGCCAGACCCCUUACCAAUGGGUCCCCUUCCACGGAGCCCCCAACCUCUGCGACCUGAACUGCCUGGCUGUAGGGCACAAUUUCUACUACACCUUUGGGAGGGUCCUGGAUGGGACCCGCUGCAGCCCAGACUCCCGGGACCUCUGCAUCAGCGGCCGUUGUUUGAGAGCUGGCUGCGAUGGGCUGCUGGGCUCGGAGUCUCAGGCGGAUGCCUGCGGUGUCUGCGGAGGCAGGAACGAGUCAUGCGUCCUGGUGCAGCAUGUCUUCCGGGCAGCCUUUCCCAGCUCUGGUUACUUUGGCUACAAGAAUGUCACUCGGAUCCCGGCAGGCGCUAGACACAUCAAGGUGACAGACCGCAGCCGCAAUUACCUCGCUCUGAUGACUGCAAACCAGCGCUACAUCAUCAAUGGUGACUGGGCCAUCGACUGGCCAGGGACGUACGAGGUGGCAGGCACCCAAGUCCGCUACACUCGCACAGCGGAUGCCCACGAGAGCCUUGAGGCAGCUGGACCCAUCCAGGAGGACUUGCUGGUCAUGGUCCUUUUCCAGGAGCCCAACGCGGGCAUUGAGUUCCAGUUCUGGCUCCCGAAUGAGCGCUUCCACUCCAUCCAGAGUGACACCAGCCCCCUUCGCCAGCCCCAGACCAGGGAAGUCGGGGAUAGCCCACCAAGGGAGCAGCAAGCCAUCCUGCCAGCCCCGCCCUCCCAAAACGACAUCGCCAGGAAGACGCCUCAGCGAGAGGGAACCCCCUUGCCUGCCAAAGUGCCCCCAGGGAGCUCAGGGCAGUGCGGGGCAUGCAACUCUCCGAGGGGAAAAUCCCAGCGCAUCCACCACUACUGCAGCAGCGACUUUGUCUUUCGCGCCCGAAUCCUCUCCAAGCGCCGGGUGGGGCAGGAGACCCGCUACGACGUGCAGGUGCUCCACACCUACCGCAACCGCUUCCCCGUCGUGCGCCGCGAGUUCGUCUGGGUCCCCGACGCCUGCGACUGCCCCCUGCUGGCCGAGCAGCGCGAGUACGUCCUGAUGGCCCGGCGCCACGUCAACUACGAGCACACCCUCAACCGCCUGCUGCUGCCCCGGGGCGGCUACGCCCGGCCCUGGACUCCCCGCGAGGACCUGCAGCUCAGGGACGUCCCCAAGCACUGCUCCCAGGGUGGGGUAGCGCCCAGAGGGACCCCGCCCUAAGGUGGGGGUCCCGUCUCUGCCGCGCCCACCAUCCUACCACCGGAGUGCCAUGAAAACGGCCUGGAGUCCGGAUCCUCUGCAGACCUCUGGGUGUGCCACACGGAUCUUUCACGUCUGACGUCUGAGCACAAGUGCAAAGGGAGACUCUUCCUCUCCCACACAACGGGAUUGCCCAGGGAGAUCUGGACUCAAGUGCUAGGGGGAUAGGAUUCUGCGUCUCCCCAACAUGCCCUGCCAUGCUGAGGUUUCGACUCUGCGCAGAAAACAUUGGAAGCAUCAGGGGAGACAAAAGAGAGGACUUCUUCUCACAGAGGGGGUUGUGUUAAGAUGUGGAACUCCCUGCAUUAGGAAGCAGUGGCAGCUGCUAAUCUGCUUCGAAAGAGAAUUAGACAGAAUUCACGACAGAGGUGUCCUUUUGCGGUGGUGGGUUGCCCCCAAUGGCUAUGCUCUCCUUCCCCUUGCCAAAAUUAGGAGGCAAUGGCCUGACUUGCAGUAAACUCUGCACUUCCGCCCAUCUCCUGGACACAUUAAGCCACAGCGCCAUCAUGGCUGACUCUGCCCAAGAUCUCAGAGGACGCUGCCUGCAAGAGGACUCCGGGGCAUAUACAGAGUCCCUCUGGCCUCGUAAGCUCAGUCUUCAUUUCUGCUCCUUGAAACCAGUAAAGGUAUUCUAUGGUCUGA